AUGUCCCGUGCGAAAUCUACCAAGAUAUUUCCAAUCACAACUUUUAUCUCAGACCUGCCGACCAACCUUAUUCCGCAGUCCCCUCUAUCGUCUUCCGAAAAUGGCCCUACCAGUGGACGCUUGGUCAUUGUAGGCGAUGUACACGGAAUGAGAAAGUCCCUUGAGGCACUCCUAGAAAAUGUCGGAUUUGACAAAAACAAAGGAGACCACCUUAUACUAGUGGGCGACCUAGUCAACAAAGGGCCUGAUAGCCCUGGUGUUGUUGACCUGGCUAUCAAGUUAGGCGCCAGCGCAGUGAGAGGCAACCACGAAAAUGCAGUUCUCAAUGCGACCGCAGAGGUCAAAGCCACAAGGGAUAGUCUUCCGAAUUAUGGAGACUUGACUGGCAGUUCGGCCGUACCUGGGAACCCCGAGGCUAACCUACCCGGGGAUACUAUUCGAGAUUCCGAGAUUCCCGAAAUAUGCGCAUCUCCUACAACGCGCGCUACGGCAUUAGCACUUUCAGAGCGCCAAAUCGACUGGCUUGCUGCUUUACCUUUGAUCUUGCGUGUUAAGCUGCCUCAAGGCCUAACGUCCACCCUCGGCGACACUUUGAUUGUCGUACAUGCGGGCCUCGCUCCUAGUAUCCCACCCGAAGACCAGGAUCCAUAUUAUUUGAUGCAUAUGCGGAGCUUCGUCUGCAAACUGGGUGACGAGGAUGGACUCACACCGGCCGAAAGUCCCGGGGAAGAAAGCUGGGUUACGGAAUGGGACCGGUGGCAAGAUAAACUAGCAUCCAAGACUACUGUGAUAUUCGGGCACGAUGCCAAGCGUCGCUUGCAACGAAGCAGGUAUGCAAUUGGACUGGAUUCAGGGUGUUUAUAUGGCAAUCAAUUGAGUGCGGUUGUGAUUGAGGCUUCCGAUGGGGAGAUUCAGCAUCAGAUUGUUCAGGUCGAAUGUGCUGACGUGCCUGUGGCCCCAACUUCAUCUACGAAACAAGACAAUGAGGUAGUGGUUGUAUAA